AUGGCAGGAUUCAUAGUCAUCGUUUUGUGCAUCUCCCUCUCCUGUGGAGCAGCAGGGCAAAGUACAUCAGUUGCUCCUGCAGGGGAGACUGCUCCAUCUUGGUUUCAAGUAUUAGGGGAGACUACUUCUGACAUGUUUGAGGGAUCAGGGGACACUACUCCAGCAGGAUUUGAAGAAAUUGGAUUAAUUACUGGUCCUGAACAGAACAUGAUGGAGAAACUCCCAGACUUCACUUUGUGUCCGAAUAUGUCCCAGUGUUUAGCUUUGAACGUUGUACUUCUUAAUCAGUGUUUGGAGUCGGAGAGUCUGAGUUGUGGUCUGCCAGGUGUAGCAAAGAAGUUCACUGAGAUUGAUACUUUCUUGAAAGAAAUGUGUCCUGGUCUUGUUGUUUUGCCUUCAUCAGGAUGUCCCGAAUUACAGAUCUGUCUGCUUCGUCUGUUAACAUCUUCAGAUAUUUUGAACUAUAAUUAUGAAACAAAUCUACAGUGCAAAUUUUUUGAUUGGACCUACCUUUGUUACUCAUAUCGUUAUGAAAACUGUUUAACGUUUUCUAUGGAGAAAGCUUCUCGCAUCUCAGAAUAUUCACGAUCAAUCGGGUGUUUGGCUAAUGAAACUGAUGUAUGUCUGUCAAAAUCCUGUCCACAUCAGUGUCAAUUGGUUCUUGACUCAGAAUACCUCUGCACUUGUCCUCCUGGCUACUAUGGUGAUGGCACAAACUGCACUGACAUUGAUGAAUGUAUGAACCCGUUCGAAUACUACUGUGACAUAGAGACAUGUCAGAACUUUGUCGGUGGAUACAACUGUACCCAGUGCAUGUCAGGGUUUGAAUUGGACAUCCAGGAAGCCAGAUGUAAAGACAAAGACGAAUGUGCCCUUCAGGACAACAUCUGUCCGCAGAACUGCUCCAAUGAGAUAGGGACAUUCUCCUGUUUGUGUUUUGCUGGUUACCGUGGCACCGGGGAUGUCUGUACUGACAUCGAUGAAUGUGCUCUACCUAGCAAUCUCUCUCCCUGUCCGCUGCAGAACUGUGUCAACACUCCAGGCAGCUAUACCUGCAGCAGCUGCUGGCCAGGCUAUCAACACAAUGCUAGUUCCAUGCUGUGUGAAGUGGCCAAUGAAUGCCAGACACAACAGCAACACAAGUGCCCCCAUGUCUGUGAAAGCACGGAUGGUGGAUACGUCUGUCGGUGUCCUAAAGGCUUUAUCGGUGAUGGUUUUGAGUGUGUAGAUGUUGAUGAAUGCCGCAAUGAGACGCAGUACCACUGUCCACUGGAGGACUGCAUUAACACCAAUGGAUCCUACAUCUGCAGUAGGUGCAGCAGUGGUUACAAAUGGACAGGUAUUUGUGAAGAUAUCAAUGAAUGCUUACAGAAUAUCUGCCCAUAUCAUUGUGAGAAUUUUGAUGCUGGCUUUCACUGCAUAUGCCCAGUGGGGUUUGAUGGGGAUGGAUUCAAUUGCACAGAUACCAAUGAAUGCUUGCACGAAGAUGAGUUUCAUUGUCCAUUUGACAACUGUAAAAACAUGCAGGCUACAUUUUCUUGUAUUGAUUGCGAAACUGGAUACCAUUUUGCUAAUAAAUGGCAUGGCUUUGGUUCCUGUUUUGACAAUGAUGAAUGUAGUAACAGUAGCACUAAUAAAUGUGCACAAGAAUGUGUGAAUGUUCCAGGUGCAUACAAUUGCAGUUGUUCCCAUGGUUACACAGGAGAUGGGUUUUCAUGUCUUGACAUUGAUGAAUGUUUGGAUGCUAAACUUAACAAUUGCUCUCAAGAAUGUACUAAUUUUCCAGGUAAUUUUUCUUGUAAUUGUUACCUUGGUUACACAGGAGAUGGGUAUUCAUGCAUUGACAUUGAUGAAUGUUCAGAUUCUGAACUUAAUCACUGUGAUCAGGAAUGUAUUAAUUUUCCCGGGAAUUUUUCUUGUAAAUGUUACAAUGGUUACACAGGAAAUGGGUUUGAAUGCCUUGAUAUUGAUGAAUGUUUGGAUACCAAACUUAAUAAUUGCUCUCAGAAAUGUAGUAAUUUUCCAGGAAACUUUUCUUGUAGUUGUAGCCAUGGUUACACAGGAGAUGGGAUUACAUGUGUUGACAUUGAUGAAUGCUUAGAUCCUGAAUUUAAUCAGUGUGCUCAGGAAUGCAGAAAUUUUCCAGGGCAAUAUUCCUGUAACUGUUACCAUGGUUACACAGGAGAGGGAUCUUCAUGCUCUGACAUUGAUGAAUGUUUAGAUGACAAAUUGAAUAAUUGUUCACAGGAAUGUGUCAACUUUCCAGGCAACUUUUCUUGUAGUUGUUACCAUGGUUACACAGGAGAUGGGUUUACAUGUGUUGACAUUGAUGAGUGCUUUGAUUCUGAACUUAAUAAUUGCUCUCAGAAAUGUAGUAAUUUUCCAGGAAACUUUUCUUGUAGUUGUCACAGUGGUUAUGCAGGAGAUGGGAUUACAUGUGUUGACAUUGAUGAAUGCUUAGAUCCUGAAUUUAAUCACUGUGCUCAGGAAUGCAGAAAUUUUCCAGGGCAAUAUUCUUGUAACUGUUACCCUGGUUACACAGGAGAAGGAUCUUCAUGUUCUGACAUUGAUGAAUGUCUGGAUACUAAACUUAAUAAUUGCUCUCAGGAAUGUAAUAACUUCCCAGGAAACUUUUCUUGUAAUUGUUACCAUGGUUACACAGGAGAUGGGAUUACAUGUGUUGACAUUGAUGAAUGCUUAGAUCCUGAAUUUAAUCACUGUGUUCAGGAAUGCAGAAAUUUUCCAGGGCAAUAUUCCUGUAACUGUUACCAUGGUUACACAGGAGAGGGAUCUUCAUGUUCUGACAUUGAUGAAUGUUUAGAUGACAAAUUGAAUAAUUGUUCACAGGAAUGUGUCAACUUUCCAGGCAACUUUUCUUGUAGUUGUUACCAUGGUUACACAGGAGAUGGGUUUACAUGUGUUGACAUUGAUGAGUGUUUUGAUUCUGAACUUAAUAAUUGUGGCCAGCAAUGUAGUAAUUUUCCAGGAAACUUUUCUUGUAGUUGUCACAGUGGUUAUGCAGGAGAUGGGAUUACAUGUGUUGAUAUUGAUGAAUGCUUAGAUCCUGAAUUUAAUCACUGUGCUCAGGAAUGCAGAAAUUUUCCAGGGCAAUAUUCUUGUAACUGUUACCAUGGUUACACAGGAGAGGGAUCUUCAUGUUCUGACAUUGAUGAAUGUCUGGAUACUAAACUUAAUAAUUGCUCUCAAGAAUGUAAUAACUUCCCAGGCAACUUUUCUUGUAAUUGUUACCAUGGUUACACAGGAGAUGGGAUUACAUGUGUUGACAUUGAUGAAUGCUUAGAUCCUGAAUUUAAUCACUGUGCUCAGGAAUGCAGAAAUUUUCCAGGGCAAUAUUCUUGUAACUGUUACCCUGGUUACACAGGAGAAGGAUCUUCAUGUUCUGACAUUGAUGAAUGUCUGGAUACUAAACUUAAUAAUUGCUCUCAGGAAUGUAAUAACUUCCCAGGCAACUUUUCUUGUAAUUGUUACCAUGGUUACACAGGAGAUGGGAUUACAUGUGUUGACAUUGAUGAAUGCUUAGAUCCUGAAUUUAAUCACUGUGCUCAGGAAUGCAGAAAUUUUCCAGGGCAAUAUUCUUGUAACUGUUACCCUGGUUACACAGGAGAAGGAUCUUCAUGUUCUGACAUCGAUGAAUGUUUGGAUACUAAACUUAAUAAUUGCUCUCAGAAAUGUAGAGAUGGGAUUACAUGUGUUGACAUUGAUGAAUGCUUAGAUCCUGAAUUUAAUCACUGUGCUCAGGAAUGCAGAAAUUUUCCAGGGCAAUAUUCUUGUAACUGUUACCCUGGUUACACAGGAGAAGGAUCUUCAUGUUCUGACAUUGAUGAAUGUCUGGAUACUAAACUUAAUAAUUGCUCUCAGGAAUGUAAUAACUUCCCAGGCAACUUUUCUUGUAAUUGUUACCAUGGUUACACAGGAGAUGGGAUUACAUGUGUUGACAUUGAUGAAUGCUUAGAUCCUGAAUUUAAUCACUGUGCUCAGGAAUGCAGAAAUUUUCCAGGGCAAUAUUCUUGUGCGUUUAUUUGCGAAUGCUCAAAAGGUUUUGCUUUGGACAAUGGGACUUGUGCUGACGUUGAUGAAUGCCGUGAUAAGUUUUCAAAUGUCUGCCCCCAUCUUUGUGACAAUCAGUAUGGCUCCUACGACUGCCAGUGCCACACUGGUUUUACUGGUGACGGAAUUAGCUGUGUGGACAUAGAUGAGUGUGAGGACUUGAGCACCUGUCAUCAGUCCUGUCUCAACACCGAAGGCAGCUAUUUUUGCGAAUGUUAUCAUGGUUUCGUGAUGGCUGACUCGCACUGUAUCGAUAUCGAUGAAUGCAGCAUUCCUGAAACCAGAGUCUGUGAACAGACUUGCAUCAACUCGGUGGGCAGCUAUUCCUGUGAGUGUGGACCUGGCUACAGACUGGAGGGACAAGGAGCGUGUGUUGAUGUUCCCGAGUGCGAGUCGCCCCAUCUUAACAACUGCAGCCAGAGCUGUGUGGACGUGCCAUCUGGCUUCAUGUGUUCAUGCUGGAACGGCUACACUGGCGAUGGGGUCAACUGUAUGGACAUUGAUGAGUGCCAGGAGAACACUAAUUCUGGAUGCAUGCACAAUUGUACUAACACUCCUGGAAGCUUUCGCUGCACCUGUCUUGAUGGGUUCAUCAUCCAGGGCUUCCAGUGCUUGGAUGUUGAUGAAUGCAAUGAUUCUGCCAUCCACCAGUGCAGCCAAGAGUGUGUAAAUACACCAGAUUAA